GGGAAUAGUAUAGCUUCCAAAUAGUGAAAGAAUUUUUCAAAUCAGUUCAGUAGUUUCGGAGCCUAUUUAAUACAAACAAACAAAUCUUUCCUCUUUAUAAUAUUAGUCUAGAAGUAUAGAUAAAAAUAUUUAUUUUAUUGCGCACUAAGAUUGGUAGAAAACACGAAAGAAACUGAUAGAAAAAAUGACUUAUUUAUGACUGAAUGUAUGUGUCAAACGCGUAAGAUGACGGCAGGGAUUUUAAAUCAUUUUACUGCGAAAUCUAUUGUAAAAAUCAACAGUCGUUAUCAUCAAUGUAGUCUAAAUGACGCAACAGUUUAUGCAGAACAAAAAAAUUAUAACAAUCUUAUACAAUAUACGAAACAAAAAAUUGUUUUAUCAUAAUGAAAUCUUCGAGAGGAAAAAUACAUUUGUUUGUAGUCCCUAAAUACAAAAGACCACAAAUUUUCAUUGAACAACAAAGGAGAGGCUCUUUGCCGAUGACUCUAAAGAACUAUUCAGAGAAACCGACAAUAGUACAGGUAUGCAAUAGAAGAACGAGAUUCAAAGAUCAUGGGGCAAUUCGGAAUUUUGAAACGCGCACACAUAGAUAUAGGAAACCUUACAGAAAAGAACAAUGCGAUGAAAAAUACAUUACACGCAGCAAAAAAAGAGGUUAUAAAAGAAAAUAUGUUUUGGAAAAAAAGUCGGAGUCAUUACCACCUCCUCGAUCAGAAAGGAAAAUGAAAUUAAAGGGACGCUCUGUAAGUGCCAAGCCGCGAUACGAAACAAGAUAUGUCAGCGUUAGCAGAAGCCCCCCCAAAGAGCCACUAGGUCGGAGAUGCGCAAACUGUUUCUAUAGAGUUUGCUGUCAAUUCUAUUGCUAUCUCACUUGUAUAGCGAUGUUCACUUUUUGCAUUAUUUAUGUUUUGUAAUAUUCAAACAAUAAAACUGGAAUAGUGUGUUUAAAACGUAUGUGCAUAAAUAAAAUUUACAAAAUAAAUUAAACUCCAAUGUGUUUAAGGGUU